CAUACCCCCUGCUUCCUCUCCCAUUUGUAGCGGAGCCUGGCUGUUUGGAUCUACAUUACUCCCAGACGGAAAAGAAUUCUCUUCAGUUCUUUGAGUCCCACUUCUUGGCACACAGCAGCACGAUGGGUCAUGCAAGGGGAGUCCUUGCCUGGUUGCUGCUGGUGGCCCUGGCAUUCCUGGCCAGCCCGUGCCAAGCGCAGCGCGACUGCCGAGUGAGAAAUUUCAAACCGCAGUUACACUUCGACAAGUACCAGUACUCCGGAGUCUGGUAUGCCAUAGCCAAGAAAGACCCAGAAGGACUGUUUCUUCAGAGCAAUGUGAUAGCCCAGUUUUCUGCCGAUGAGAGUGGGAAUUUUACUGCUAUUGCCAAGGGUAGAGUUGAAGUCUGGAAAGGCCAGGUCAUGUGUGUUACUAUGCUGGGCACCUUCAUGGACACAGAAGAUCCUGCCAAAUUCAUGAUGCAAUAUCACGGUACAGCAGCCUUUCUCCAGAAAGGAUAUGAUCCUCACUGGGUAAUAGCUACAGACUAUACGAACUUCGCUUUACACUACUCCUGCCGUAGGCUCAAUGACGAUGGCACUUGUGCUGAUAGCUACUCCUUUGUGUUCUCCCGAUCUCCGUAUGGGCUCUCUCAAUCAGACCAAAGAAUUGUCAGGCAAAAGCAAACAGAACUCUGCUUAGACAGACAAUACAAGCUGAUAGCUCAUGACGAACCCUGUCCUUAAGAAGAAAGGGAACCAUUCUGUAGUUGUAAAAUUUAUAAACUAACUGUUAUGUGGAAAGUCCUUCAGAUUCAUUUCAAUUUUGAAUAUAUUGUUGCAUUUACCCUGCCAGCAAGUAAGUGGAACGAAACAAACUGAGAUUUGUGGAACUGCAUAUUGCUUGUGUUACAGACAUGUAUUUGUGCACAUAAGUUACAUAAUAAACAUGUUGUAUAAGCAAAACAUUCUAUAACUAGAUUGUUUAGAAUUAUAAAUCCAAAUUGUAGUAACAUGAGUAAUCCCUGCUUAUAUUGAUUUUUGGGGUUGAAGUGCUAAAUUUUUCCAAUUUACAAAUCUCAGGUUUUCAAGUUUGCUUUAAAAAUAAAAUAAAUAAUGCAAAGUA